AUGCAUCCCGAGUCUCCUGGGCUCGCUGCUCCAGAUGACCAUGGGCGAUUGUUGAGCAGGCUUCCCCUCGAUCUCCUCCAUGCGGAACUGCAGAGACGACAAGAUGUGCCCGCGAAGCCGGCAUGCGGCACAGAGGGAAGACGGGGGACCUACAACACCGGCAUCCAUGUGUUUGCCCUCUUCCUUAUCCUAACACUGAGCACUCUCGCAUGCUCCUUUCCCAUCAUCGCCCGCCGUUUCCCCAAACUCCCUAUCCCGCACCACUUCCUCUUCCUCUCGCGGCAUUUCGGCACAGGUGUCCUCAUUGCAACGGCGUUCAUCCACUUGCUUCCUACGGCAUUCAUAUCCAUGACCGACCCUUGCCUGCCGGACUUUUGGACACAGACCUACCCGCAAAUGCCCGGGUUGAUUGCUAUGUUGUCGGUGUUUAUGGUGGUGGGGAUCGAAAUGUUCUUUGCGAGCAAAGGGGCGGGCCACAGUCACGCAAAUGAUUGGGAGAAGGUACACCAGGAACAAUCCCCGGGAGAAGGAAGAUCGGCGCGCUACGGCAACGGGCAUAUCGCAUCAGAACACCUGCAAGCGCCCACGAGGCCGUAUACAGAUGCGUCCCCGGAACCUCGCGACUCGGCGUCCAGCGACUCAGAUUUGGAGCUAGACGACCUCGAUCCGGCUGCGGACGAAUCUGCGACAUUGAGCAACCCUCACCGGCGCAAGAGAUCCCAGCAUGAAAACAACUUCCACCAUCCCCCUUCCAAAGAUGACGAGAACCCCCAGCGUCUCUUCCUCCAAUGCUUACUCCUCGAAGCGGGCAUCCUCUUCCACAGCAUCUUCAUCGGCAUGGCCGUCUCCGUCGCACAGGGCACACAAUUUGCCGUCUUACUGAUUGCAAUUUGCUUCCAUCAGACCUUUGAAGGAUUUGCACUCGGCGCGCGCAUCGCAGCACUCAUACCCACCUUGUUUGAUGCUUCAUCUCCAAAACCCUGGCUCAUGGCACUCGCGUAUGGCGCGACGACGCCCAUCGGGCAGGCAAUGGGGAUUGUCUUGCACUCCUUAUAUGACCCCGCCAGCAAGGUGGGACUACUGAUGGUCGGUAUCACGAAUGCAAUCUCCAGUGGGCUUUUGCUUUUUGCCGGGCUGGUACAACUGAUUGCAGAGGACUUUUUGAGUGAGAAGAGUUACGAGGUUCUGACUGGGCAACGAAGGAUCGAAGCAUGUCUCGCGGUGGGCUUGGGGGGCCUGCUGAUGGCGAUAGUGGGAGCUUUUGCCUAA